CCUGUUCAAUCAUUUUCUCUCUCUUGCUAUCACUCGUCUGAUUCGCUCUUUUAACAUUUCAAAAAGUUACACACAGAUAAACAAAAGGACGAAAGCCAAAAGGAAAACGCGUAUCAACUGGUUAAAGAUCCGCAUCAUCAUCGUCGUCGUCAUUCUCUGAAACGGAAGAUAUUGAUAUUAUGGGCAUUGAUUUUGAUUUCGAUUUGCCUUUGACAGCAAUAAUUCCCCAUUUUUCAUGAUCCUGUUGCUCUGAACUACCCUUCGCUAUCAACAAAUUCUGGAUUACAUUUCCUCAUAUAAUCUGAAUUUGAGAAGCGGAAGUCGAGCUGUGCAUCUGUUACUGUUACUUUAUAGAAAGAAUGGGGAAAACUGGAAGAGAUUGGACUCAGAUCUACGCAAUCUACGGCAUGGAUGAUUGGCAAACACCGGUGUUCCUCUUAAUCCACGCGAUCUUCUUCUCAGCGUCAUCAGUCCUCUUUCUCAUCUACUUUGAUUGGAUCUGUUCCUCCUUCGAGUCGAUUCUCCCCGCCGUUUUUUCUACCGGUUUCGCUAGAUUCGCUGCUGGUUUCACCGGCUCCGUUACGGCACUCUCCGGCGUAUGCCUUUUUUACGCAGCCGGCAACAUUUUUUACUCCUCCGUCGCACUUCGCUGGGACAUGGCUCAGCGUAUGGUCGGUGCUGUACACGACUGGUCCACCGUGAAAACAGCCCUAGACGUAGGAUGCGGCCGCGGCAUCCUUCUAAACACCGUCGCCAUGCAACUCAAAAAAGAAGGAAGCUCAGGCCGAGUCGUCGGGUUAGAUCGCAAGAACACGACGUUAUCCACUCUCAGAACCGCCGGGAUGGAAGGCGUCCAGGAGUAUGUCACCUGUCGAGAGGGAGACGCGCGUAGGCUCCCGUUCCCGGACAAUUACUUCGACGUGGUGGUGUCAGCCGGGUUUCUCCACACCGUCGGGAAGGAAUUCGGUCAGAAAACAGCGGCGGCGGCGGCGGAACGGAUGAGGGUACUCGGGGAAGUUGUCCGGGUGCUGAAAGGCGGUGAGAUUGGAGUGAUAUGGGACCUGAUCCACGUGCCGGAGUACGUUCAGCGGUUACAAGAACUGAAGAUGGAAGACAUCCGGGUCUCUGAGCGUGUAACCGCCUUCAUGGUGAGCAGCCACAUCGUAUCAUUUCGCAAGCCAUGUCAGCACGUUGUGGGUCCCAGUGAAGUUAGAUUAGACUGGAGAUUCAACAAUAUAUGUUGAAAUUAUUUAUUUAUAUAUUAAAAAUAUUAUAUCAUACAUUAAGGUCAGAUCUCGUAAUAACGAGUUCAAACGCAACUCAGUUAAUUGUUUAUAAACGAGAUCAUAUUAAAAUUUUAAUUCAAGGCUUUUAUAUUCUCCUUCAAGAA